AUGCCUUCCAAAGGUACGAUCGUCCUCACUGGGGCCAAUGGCACCAUUGGCAGCGCCGUUAUAUCUCGUAUCAUGUCCUCGCGCGAGCUCUUUUCGUAUCAUGGCAUCUACAUUGUCCGCAACGCUUCAUACUAUGUCGCCCCUGAACAGGAGACUACACAUGCCUACAACGCGCUCUCGCUCGAACUUUCGAGUCUGGACCGCGUGCGUGCAGCGGCAGUUACUAUCUCCUACAAUGAAGCCUCUUCUCGAAAUUAG